AUGGGUAUCAAACGGAUCAUAUCUCUUUCGCUGAUUCUCAUAGACUGCUGCCCAGUCAUCUACAACUGCAGCAUCCACAACUGCUGCACCCACAACUGCAGCCCCAACAACUGCUGCACCCACAACGGCAGCACCCACAACGGCUGCACCAACAACUGCUGCACCCACAACGGCAGCACCCACAACGGCUGCACCAACAACUGCUGCACCCACAACGGCUGCACCAACAACUGCUGCACCCACAACUGCUGCACCCACAACUGCUGCACCCACAACGGCUGCACCCACAACGGCUGCACCCACAACUACAGCCCCAACAACUGCUGCACCCACAACUGCAGCACCCACAACUGCAGCAUCCACAACUGCUGCACCCACAACAGCAGCACCAACAACUGCUGCACCCACAACGGCAGAACCCACAACGGCUGCACCCACAACUGCUGCACCCACAACUGCUGCACCCACAACUGCUGCACCCACAACUGCUCACCAACAACUGCAGCACCCACAAACUGCUCCACCCACAACUGCUGCACCCACAACUGCAGCCCCAACAACUGCUGCACCCACAACUGCUCCACCGACAAUGCUGCACCCACACAACUGCUGCACCCACAACUGCGGCACCCCAACUGCAGCACCCACAACUGCUGCACCCACAACUGCAGCCCGAACAACUGCUGCACCCACAACUGCAUCACCCACAACUGCUGCACCCACAACUGCAUCACCCACAACUGCAGGACCCACAACUGCUGCACCCAUAACUGCAGCAACCACAACUGCUGCACCCAUAACUGCAGCACCAACAACUGCUGCACCCACAACUGCACACCCACAACUUCUGCACUCACAACUGCUGCACCCACAACUGCUGCACCUACAACUGCUGCACCCACAACUGCUGCACCCACAACUGCGGCACCCACAACUGCUGCACCCACAACUGCAGCACCCACAACUGCUGCACCCACAACUGCUGCACAAACAACUGCAGCACCAGAAACUGCUGCACCCACAACUGCAGCACCAACAACUGCUGCACCCACAACUGCAGCACCCACAACUGCUGCACCCACAACUGCUGCACCCACAACUGCUGCACAAACAACUGCAGCACCCACAACAGCAUCACCCACAACUGCUGCACCCACAACUGCUGCACCAACAACUGCUGCACCCACAACUGCAGCACCAACAACUGCAGCACCCACAACUGCUCCACCCACAACUGCUGCACCCACAACUGCAGCCCCAACAGCUACUGCACCCACAACAGCAGCUUUCACAACUGCAGCACCCACAACCGCUGCACCCACAACUGCUGCACCAACAACUGAUGCACCCACAACUGCAGCACCCACAACAGCAGCACCCACAACUGCUGCACAAACAACUGCAGCACCCACAACUGCAGCACCCACAACAGCAUCACCCACAACUGCUGCACCAACAACUGCAGCACCCACAACUGCAGCACCCAUAACUGCAGCACCCACAACUGCUCCACCCACAACUGCUGCACCCACAACAGCAGCACCCACAACUGCUGCACCCACAACUGCUGCACCCACAAGUGCUGCCCCAACAACUGCUGCGCCCACAACUGCUGCACCCACAACUGCUGCUCCUACAACAGCAGCACCUACAGCUGCCGCACCUACAACUACAGCACUUACGACUGCUGCACCUACAACUGCAGCACCCACAACUGCUGCUCCUACAACAGCAGCACCUACAGCUGCCACACCUACAACUGCAGUACCUACGACUGCUGCACCAACAACUGCUGCUACGGCAACUGCUGCACCUAAAACUGCUGCACCCACAACUGCUGCUCCUACAACAGCAGCACCUACAGCUGCCGCACCUACAACUGCUGCUACGGCAACUGCUGCACCUAAAACUGCUGCACCCACAACUGCUGCUCCUACAACAGCAGCACCUACAGCUGCCGCACCUACAACUGCUGCACCAACAACUGCUGCGCCCACAACUGCUGCUACGGCAACUGCUGCACCUAAAACUGCUGCACCCACAACUGCUGCUCCUACAACUACAGCACUUACGACUGCUGCACCAACAACUGCUGCUACGGCAACUGCUGCACCUAAAACUGCUGCACCCACAACUGCUGCUCCUACAACAGCAGCACCUACAGCUGCCGCACCUACAAGUGCUGCACCAACAACUGCUGCGCCCACAACUGCUGCUACGGCAACUGCUGCACCUAAAACUGCUGCACCCACAACUGCUGGUCCUACACCUGCUGCACCUACGUACAGUAUCAAAGCAGACUUGUUGGGAGAACCAUAUGUUCCUGCUUUUGAUGACAGCACAAGCCCUCAAUACAAAGCCUUAGAAACACGACUUCUAUCUACGUGUGCUGCGAUCUACAAACCCAAAUUUGAAAACACAUUUUCCCACUGCAAGGUGAAAAAGCUCAGCCGUUUACAACCAAAAGUGGACGGAACUGAAGCAGAAAUGGGAGUUGUGUUCAAAAGCAACACUCCUUUUGCUGAACUCCCACAGAAUGAUGAAGUUGCUCAAACCUUGGUAGAAGCUGUGAAGAAUCCCAACAAUACCUUCAACGUGAAAAUCAAUCCUGACUCAGUCAAAGUUAUAUCAAGUCCAGUUACAACUGCUGCACCUACAACUGCUUCACCUACGACUGCUGUGCCCACAACUGCUGCGCCCACAACAGCUAAACCUACAACUCCCUCACCUACAACUGCUAAAUCUACAACUCCCUCACCUACAACAGCUAAACCUACAACUCCCUCACCUACAACUGCUAAACCUACAACUCCCUCACCUACAACUGCUAAAUCUACAACUCCCUCACCUACAACGACUAAAUCUACAACUGCUGCACCUACUACUACAGCCCUUGUAACAAGAAGGGUGACUUUCAGAUCUGUUAAAGACACAUUCACAAGUGACUUGCUGAAUCCGUCUUCUGCUGCUUAUAAAAAUCGAGCUAAAAUGAUAAAGAAUCAGCUUACACCUGUUUUCAAAAGAGAAUUCCCUUCGUCCUUCAAUUCAAUGGAAGCUGUUGCAUUCAGUAACGGAUCAAUCAUCAAUAUCAUUGACGUUAAAUUUGUAAGCACAUCUGCUCCUAAUGGCACUCAGAUUGCGAACGCUUUGAUCAACGCAGCCUCAACAGUCGUUGGUUUCGACAUUGAGGCAGCUCCGUCAGCGUUAAUGGCAUCUCUUCCAGUGGAGUAAGACACAAGAUCAGUCUUGUCAGCGCAUCCUGCCUCUUACUGUUGUCAUGGAUACUGUCAAACUAGCAAUAGCAAUAGGGCUGUUUCCCCAAUUUGAAUUUUAAUCACAACAUGACUUCCAUCACUGGAAUGAAAAAGGAUAAAAAUCCAAGAUUCUUGGAGUAAAAGUCUUGUACCGCUUCUGAUGAACUUGCUUUUAGAAUUCAUUUUGCAUUGAAUGAAUAACAGUGGAAUAGGUAUGUUUGUCAAACUGAGGAUCCAACGUUAAGCACCUAGUCCAUUAAAUCAUCAACAAAGUGAUAAGUCAAACAUCAUAACAUUAUUGCCUUGCGUCUUGGACAGCAGAAACUGUUUGUGUUCCAGCAAUAUUCAGCUAAACAAGAAGAAGUUAAAAACUUCAACGAGCAGUUGAAUUCAGUUUAGAGCAUUUUGAAAACAGUGAAUUGCAUUCAUGUAGCACCUUUCCAGGCUCCCAACUACUCCAAGCACUUUUACAAUGCAUGACAAAAUGUAUCCAUUCACAACAGACACUGAUUGCUGCUACACAGUGCCAAACUCAUAUCAGUGAAUGUAAUGCUCACACACACACACACACACACACACACACACACACACACACACACACACACACACACACACACACACACACACACACACACACACACACACACACACCAGAUGGCUGUGCCUUGGUGUGCAGUGUUUUGCCAAAGGACAUGUGGGUCGUAGGAGCCGGGGAAUGAACUGCUGAUCUUCUCAUUACCACACAACCGUUUCUAGUUUAUCAUGGUAUACCUGAAAUAUAUGUCAAAAACAAUGCACUGUCGUUUCUUUGUAUUUAUAAAGAGUGUUUUUUAUGUUAUGAUGUGCGGAUGUAUUCUUUGAGAUGUCUUGUUGUUUGUACAAUUGCUUUCACAAACUUUACAAUGAUCAGAAUAUAAAAUAUUUUAGGAAACAAAA